AUGACCAAUAAUUGUAAAAUUACAUUUAAAAAUCAAUUAAAAGCAUUACUUGGUAAAGCUAUAUUAUUAAAAAAGAAAAAAAGAAAAGAAACAAUAACUGAAUUUACACAAGGUAUACAAUACAUAAUUGUUUUAGUGAUUUUACAUUAUACAAUACCAAAUGUGAUUACAUUGAAUACCUAUAGUCCGGUAGGAUUAGGUUAUCCAACAUCUGGUUUCCCAUUAUGUUAUGUAUCAAAUGUGCCAUUCAAUCAAACAUCAAAUUUGCAUCUACUAUUAAACUCGACACAGUUACCAAUAUCACAAAUAGUUCAAUUCCCAAAUGAACAAUCAUUAAUUGAUUCCUAUAAAUCCAAUCCCCAAUCAAUUACCUAUGGUAUAAGUUUUAAUAAUAUAGAUUAUCAAAAUAAUAUUCUAGAUUAUAAUAUACUCUUAAAUAGUACUUUUCAAAAUACACAAUUAAUUUCAAUAGUUCAAAAUUUAUUUCUAUCAACAUUUGCUGAAAUUAAAGGUAUCACCACCACCACCACCACCACAUUGUCAAGUAUUGAAGAAUUUCCAAAUUUAACGAGUUCAGUUAGUGUUAGUUCUUAUUUAUAUGUUAUUUAUUUACCAUUGUUAUUUUUAUUCAGUUUGCAACAAUUAUUGGUCACAUCUGUUACAGAGAGGAAGAAUCAUAUUAAGGAGGUAAUGAAAGUGAUGGGUUUAAAAGAAUUGGUUUAUUGGGUUACAAUUAUUAUAGUUCAAACAAUUACAAAUGUGAUAAACAUUUUAUUAGUGAUGGUUGUAUUAUAUUUCACUAAAACUCUGACCACAUCAUUGAAUCCGGUGAUGCUGUUUUUACAAUUUCUAUUAUACUCUUUCAGUAUGGUUGCAAUUGGUAUUAUAUUAUCAAACCUUGUAGAUACCCCAAAGACUGCAUCGGCAAUCAGUAGUUUCUUAUUACUGAUAUUGGUUGGUGUAUCAUGUUUCUAUCAAUUCUAUUUAAAGUCAAAAACUUCAUCAUCAUGGCUACGUUCAAUUCUGUUCCUAUUUUCACCAUGUGCAUUUGGUGAAUUUCUUUAUAAAAUGGGUAAUGAUCAACAAAUGAUGUUAACAACCAAUUGGUCAGAUCCACAAGUUAAAAUAUCAUUCCUUUUCUUAAUAAUCGAUAUUUUCUUAUAUUUUACAAUUGCAUGGUAUAUAACUGAACUUUAUAAAGAUAAUACUGAUGAAAAUUCAAUUACAAAAUCAUUUACUUUCUUUUUAUCAUUAUCAUAUUGGAAAUCAAUAUUUAAUUUAAGAUCAUCAUCAUCUUCUUCUUCCCUUCCUCUUCUAAAUAAUAAUAAUAAUUGUAAUAAUAAUAAUACAUCACCUUCUUCAUCAUCUUCUUCUCAAUCAUCACCAUUAAAUAAACCAUUACUUAGUGGUGAUAGUGAUGAUGAUGAGAAUGAUAUUGGUAUAAGAUUAGUAAAUUUAAAGAAAACUUAUAAAAAUCCAAUAACAAAAGAAACUGUUAAUGCUGUAAAUGAUGUAUCCUAUACUAUUAAAAAAGGUACAAUCCUUGCUUUAUUAGGUCAAAAUGGUAGUGGCAAAACUUCAACAAUUGGAAUGUUAAAUGGUAUGCGUAGUCCAAGUAGUGGUGAUGCAUUUAUAAAUGGUUUAUCAAUAAAAUAUGAUAUGGAUAAAAUUAGAGAGAAUGGUAUUGGAUUAUGCCAUCAAUCUAAUAUUCUUUAUGAUGAAUUUACAUGUGCUGAACAUAUUGCACUUUAUUCAAGAUUAAAAGGUUUGUUUGUAGACGGUGGUGGUGCCAAUGGGGAUAAUAAGAGAAUCAUGAUGGAUAAUUUCAUAAUGGAAUCAUUGGGUGAAGUUAAUUUGGUGGAUAAAAAAGACACACAAUCAAUUAAAUUAAGUGGUGGUAUGAAGAGAAGAUUAUGUUUAGCAAUUUCAUUGAUUGGUAAUCCAUCGAUUCUAUUAUUGGAUGAACCAUCAUCUGGUUUGGAUAGUUUAUCUCAACAUAUGAUUUGUGAAUUGUUACAAAGAAAGAAACCAAAUAAAACAAUCAUUCUAACAACUCAUAAUUUAGAUUCCGCUGAAUUGUUAGGUGAUAAAAUUUGUAUUAUGACAAGUGGUAAAGUUAAAGCAAUGGGUUCAUCAUUGGAACUAAAAAAUCAAUUCAAUUUAGGCUAUAUCCUUACCAUUGUCUAUGAUAAAUCACUUUCAUUAUUACAACCACCAAAUAUAAAUCAACAAUUUGAAUCUUUCUUUUUUAAUAAAUUUAAUGAUUCAACUCAAAGUAAACAAAAUUUAAAAAAUAUUCAAUCAUUUUAUAAUAUAUUUAAUAAUAAUAAUAAUGAAAAUAAUAGUAAUAAUAGUGAUGGUAGUAGUAGUAGUAGUGAUAGUAGUAGUAGUAAAGAUGUAUUAUUAAAUAUAAAAAAUAAUAAUAAUAAUAAUAAUAAUAAUGAAGAAAGAGGAUUUAGUAGUGGUCAAAGAGAUUUAGAAUUAGAAUAUUCUUUAACACAUCAAUCAACUGAUGUUAUAACUGAAUUUUUGGAAGAAUUGGAAUCGAGACAAGAUGAAUUUAAAAUUAAAAGAAUUUCAAUGUCAAUGACCACACUUGAUGAAGUGUUUUUAAAAGUUUCAGAGGAGGAAACUAUCAAUAAAAAUAAGCAACCGACAAGUUAA